UUCUCAUCAUUUGUGAUCAUCAUUUUUCAUCGUUUCUCAUCAUCAUCAUCAUAAGGAGUCUCAAUAAGGUGACUCCGUAAAGGGAGUUUAGGUGGAGUCUCAAGUAACCCAAGUAUAAGCUGAGUAGGUUGAGUUAAAAUGGUUCAACAGUAAAGUUACAUUGGGAAAAUGGGAGGAACGAGACUCUUCUUAUUGGUUACAAUUGCUCUUCAUCUUUCUUCUUCUUCUUCUUUCUUCUCUUUCUUCUUCUCUUUUCUCCAUCUUCUUUCUUGCUUCUCUUCUUUUCUCUCUUCUGUUUUCUCUCUCUUCUCUCUUCUCUUCUCAUCCUUUUUUAUCCAAUUUUGCCUGACCUCAUAACAAACGUUACUUCUUCUUGUUUGUCUUGUUAAUCAUAUUUUUGUUUCUCAGUUUUGUUUUGUUUUUGAUUGACAGACAUCAUCAACUUGAUCAUCAUCUUCUUGAUCAUCUUCAUCACACCGUCAUCUUCACCAUCGUCACCACCAUCAUCAUCCAGUCACCUUUGACCCUUUCUUUUUAACUCAGUUUACUUUGAUUCACCUUUGGAUUAAAUUGACUGUCAAUGGUCAAAAGGAUAAACUUGUUAUUAUGCUUAUUACCAAUUUGGAUUUAGUUAUGACCACAGGUUUGAGGAAGAGCAAUAACAGUAAUCACAAAAGUUCAUCAAUGUCCACUGAGUCCAGAUCCUCAGGAGGAACACCUCUUGUUAAUAGCAACUCUAGCAACACCAACAAUACCAACAACUCUAGUAAAUCAGGUUCGUUAGCCAAUAGACCAUCAACCGACUUCUCCAUCGAAGCCAUCAUGGGUCGAUCAUCCAACGAUCCCAUUCAACAUCAACAACAUUCACCUCCAUUCUCACCCUUACCUUUACCUUUAAAUGGAUUCUCUUGUUCAUCAACCUCAUCAUGUUCAACCUCAUCCCAUGGACUAACCAAGAAUGGAAUGGAUGAACAUGCAAUCGAAGCCAAUUCACCUUCAUUAAGUCCACCCUCAAUUGACGUGGAUUACAACUGUUCACCUCCACCAAUGGAGAGCUCCUUUGAUUGCCAUUCACCGGGCAUUCAAUCUCCUCUCAGGUCACCCAUACGAUCACCCAUCAGGUCACCCAUUCGGUCUCCUGUUGCCUCACCCUCACACCACCUCGAAUCUCCUCAUCCAGGGAACAUGGACGAUGGUCGACCCAUGUCAGGUACUCUGGACAGGAACACUCCUUCACCUGCACCUUCAACCGGAUCAACUAAAGACGGUUCAUCUUCAUCAUGUGGACCCAAUCCAUAUGCCGAUGCAAUCAAACCCAAAUGCAACUGUGAAGAGUUGGCCGGAGUCAAAUGUCACCUAGAAAACAAAGAGCUUUGGGAUAAAUUUAAUGAACUUGGAACUGAAAUGAUAAUCACCAAACAAGGAAGGCGAAUGUUUCCCACAGUUCGAGUCUCGUUUACUGGAAUUGAUGUUAAUACUAAAUAUCUAGUUCUUUUGGACAUUGUACCAGUCGAUAAUAAACGAUAUCGUUAUGCAUAUCAUCGGUCAUCAUGGUUAGUCGCCGGUAAAGCAGAUCCACCUUCACCAGCUCGUCUCUAUCUUCAUCCUGAUGCACCCUUUUCAGCCGAUCAACUGAGGAAACAAGUUAUUACCUUUGAAAAGGUCAAGUUGACCAACAAUGAAAUGGACAGAUCAGGCCAUAUAGUAUUAAAUUCAAUGCACAAAUAUCAACCUCGAAUACAUCUAAUCAUACGACGUGAUGGAAGCACUUUUGAUUCACCUUUAAUCGACAUGGAAUCUGAACGAUUUCGAACCUUUGUCUUUCCAGAAACUGUUUUCACCGCUGUAACUGCCUAUCAAAAUCAACUUAUAACUAAAUUAAAAAUUGACAGUAAUCCAUUUGCAAAAGGAUUCCGCGACUCAUCAAGAUUAAGUGACAUUGAAAGAGAUGCAAUGGAGUCAAUGAUUGACCCUUGUUAUGGUCGAGGUCCAAUAAUAUCGCCCUUCUUGUUGAACAAUGAAGAAACGGCAAGCUUAUUCUUAAGGGAAAGAGCCUUGCUCAUGGGCCAUCCCAACUCACCCAACUCGGGAUCAGGCAACAUGCCACCCGGCAUAAGAGGACCCGUUAUGUGGAGACCUCAUCCCGGCUUCCCUACCAUCAACCCAACCGACUUUUAUAAUCUAUUAACAACUUGUCCUCCUUGGUACUCGGCUGCUAUUGGAGCUCACUUAAGAUCUCCUAAUCCAACUUCAGGUUCAUCACCAACUUCAGCUGCUGCUGCCGCUGCAUUUGCCUUCACCAGUCCACCUCACUUCUGGAACACAAACACAAAUCAAAUUCCAAGUGAACUCGCGAAACAAUCUCUAAUCAACAGCAAUGGAAACAUGAUGAAUGGCAACUCAAACAACAACAACAGUGGCGUUGGUCCAACUCGUCCAAGUCAUCCUCAUGAUCCAUCAAUUCAUCGAUUCACUCCUUAUCCAUUAUAUUCACCUUCCAAGAAGGACUUGAAUGGAUGCAAAAGUUCAUCAACUGGCCCAUUGACUUCAGGACUUUUACCUUCUUUGGGUCACCAUCCACACUUGCCCGGAUCUUCACCUUCAUCUUCACCCCUCUUGUCCUCCUCUUCUUCCUCAUCCUCAUCAUCCAAUCAUCAUCCACUGAAUCUUCUUAAUCCAUCCAAUGGAACUAACUUAUCUUCUGAUCUUCAUUCUCAUCAUUCCCAUCAUUUACAUAAUUCACGUUCAUCUUUCAACUCCGUCAACGGUGAUAAACGAUCUCCAAUCAAUGGAAGCAACAAUUCAAAGCAUAAAACCAAGAAUCAUCAAAAUGGCAGCAAUUCUGAGCGUAAUAAGAAUCAACUAAAUUUAAGCAAAAGUGGCCAUUUAAACAGCAAUUUGGACAAAAGAUCAAUCGAUUGUAUAGUUAAGAAUGAAUUAUCAGAACCAAUUAGAUAAGCCAAUUGGAAUCAAUUUUUUAAGUUUAUUUCAAAUUCCUGUACAAAUGAAAACAAAAGUAAUUCAUUGGCGUUCAUCAAAUCAUUUUUUCUGUUUUUUAUCCUUUAUUAACUUUUAUGUCAAUCAAUGGUAUUAUUGUAACAAUGUCGCACAACAAAAACUUGUUAAUGAACUUUCUCAAUCAACUUCAUCUUCAUCAUAAAUAAGAAAAUCCUAAAAAGU